GCCGUUUUAAAAAUCGGUAAUUUUUUUAGUCGAAGCCGGUUGCGAUGCUAGUUGAAGGUGGUUGUCGGAGGUUGCAGGUAGUGGAAGGUCUUACCUUCCACUACCUGCAACCUCCGGCAACCACCUGCAACCUCCGGCAACUGGCUUCGACUAAAAAGUACCGAUUUUUAAAUCACAACCUAUUUUUAGUUGCGGCCAGUUUUGAAUUUUCCUUUUCCGUUGGUUUCCUUGAGGUUUCCGUUCAGGUUUCCUAAGUGGGACAGGGGCAUACGGCUCUGGUAUGGUGUUGACCAUUUGACUUUGAGGUGCAUGUUGAACCAAUGCUGACAAGGUAGGAGGUGACAGCUACUCGCAGAUCAUUACUUUAUUGUGAGAUUCUGCUUCAUUCCACUAAGAAAGCAGCAGUGAGGCGUACACAGAAUCACCACCCGCCCCCCCUGUGUGAUGCAUCUCAUUGUUCCUGCUCGGUGCUAAGCCUGAUGUGAGCCCAGACAAACGUCCAGUGAAGGCAAAUUCUGUUUGCUCCACUGAAUGCCUGGUGAGAGUUUCUCUGUGUGUCGCUGUUACCCGGGACCCCAGCAGCCUCAGCUAUUCAUCCUCAGAAUUUCAGUGUCUGGAUGGAAUCCAAGUGGGUAGUUAAGGCUCAAGAGUCAUUUUAAGGGGAAAGGGAAUGAAUCAUUCCAAACGACGAGGGAACACAGAUCUAAACCUCAGUGACUAAAACUACACACCAAAACCAAGAGUUGGACCAGAUCCCCCAUGGCAGGCUUAAAGCUACCUUUCAUAAUGGUUGUCUUCCCAGCUUUGACAAUGUCGUUUCUGAACCUUGGAGAGGAAAUCAAUGAAUCUGUGAUUUGCACCAAGGACUUGAUGGAAGUGGAGAUCCCCAAAUAUUUCUUCCUAACGAGGAUUCCUCCAGUAUAUAUUAGGGAUCUGCAUCUGAAUGAUCCUGAAUGUCAGGGAACAGAGACUGAAGACUUCUACGUGUUCAGUGUAAAAACAAACCUUUCAGACUGUGGCACCCUAACGGACUCUGAUGAUGUGCACAUCGUGUUCAGUAACACAAUACAGAACAACAACUCUGGCAUUAUCACCAGAACCUACAUCAACCUCACCUUUGCAUGCAGAUACCCACUGAACUACAUUGUGCAGCAGAUCAAUGCGGAUAACCAGAUAAGUGCUGACACCAGAACCAUCACACUGAACACGGAAGAUGGCAACUUCUCUAUUGCAAUGAUGCUUUUUAAAGACGAAAAUUAUACGGAUAAGUGGACCAGUGUUCCUUUUCUGAGUCUGGAAGAUAACAUCUAUGUGAAAGUCACCAUGAUACCAACUCACUUAUCUGUGCGUCUGGAGAAGUGCUGGGCAACGCCAACCAAUGAGCCUCAUCAUAACACUCAGUAUGUCUUCAUUAAAAACAGCUGCCCAGAGGUAACAACUGAACACACCUUAUCGGUGAAAGCAAAUGGACAAGGUUCGGAGGCCAGAUUUCGGAUUCAAAUGUUUAAGUUUGUGGGGAACUCCUACAAUGAUAUCUUCCUGCACUGCCAUGUUCAAAUAUGUCACAGCGCAGUUGUCCAAUGCAAGCCUAAUUGCAGCAGUUUUGAUGAGGUAGCAAGAGCACGAAGGGAACUUGCCUCAUUACACAUUGUUUCUUAUGGACCAAUCAGUCGAAAAUCAUCCAAUACAAAAUCAGCGGACCCAGGUAAGCCACUCCAAGGUCACUUUAUCUCGGGAAUUUGUAGUCUCACCAUCUAUGAAGUCAAUGGUUCAAUGGCCCUUUAUUGUCACAUGUACCGAGGUACAGUGAAAUUUGAUUUACCAUACAGUCAUGCCAAAAAAGCACUAAGAUACAAAACUACAUUAAGAUUAAACAUAAACAGCCACCGCAGUGGCGUGUGAGAAUCCCUAGGGCACACAUCAUAAGCAGAGACUCACAGCCAUCAGUUAAAUGUCCGGGCCACACACUCGCUCCUUCACCAUGAUGUGACCAGAGUUGUACCAAUCGGUCACUCUCUCGGCAGGCCCGAACAGUCAGAAAGUCCACACUCACACCAGACUCCGGGAUGUUCUCAUGGCGCAACGUCCCUGUAAACACCGAGAUCACUGCACUCAUGGCAAUCCCUCCGAGUCCCCACCAGUGCAGGCAGCACGUCCAUCUUGUUUUUCAGCCACCUCACAUUCCCCUCUGUGAUGGAAGGCAAAUAACUUUUAUCUUCUUCUUCCUUUUAUCUCACGGUCGGGGGGGAUCGCAAAAAUCUGCAGUCGGGGUGAUAGAAACAAAUUGGCUCACAAUUUUCUUAUACGUCAGCAGCUGUACUUCAGGAAAGCACUGCAUCGGCUGCAAUACACUUUAGGGUUGAGAGAGAUUGUGCAAGGCAAUCUAGCUCCCACUGGACUGUACUGGGCCGGACACUCUCCGGUUUCCUCACACCCCAAAGUCAUGGGGGAUAAUAGGUAAAUUAGCUGCUUUAUGUUGGCCUUACAAUGUGUAGGUGAGUGGCAGAAACUGGCAGGAGUUGAUGGGAAAAUGAAAAGAAUGAAAUGAGAUGACAGCGAAGAAGGGUCACUUAUUCAUGUUUAGCAGAGAUGCUGCCUGACCUGCUGAGUUAUUCCAGCACCUUAUGUCCUUUUGUGUAUUAAACAGCAUUUGCAGUUCAUUUUUCUGCAUGGUCUACUAUGGACUUUGUUUUAGUUGCACAAUGUACUCCGGUUUUGCACUUGUGCUCUGGUUACCUAGUAUUACUGAUUAUUAAUUUAUUAAGUUGGUAUCUUAUCUCCACAAUGGUUUGUUGAAAAUCUUUUGAUAUUUGGUACACUUAUUAAUGCAAGUUUCUUCUCACUGCAGGAGCAGUAUAUCUCCCCCAUGUUGAAACUUGCAUCUUGACUGGAGUGCUACUGGUAGCGCUGAUAACAUCGGCUGUGCUGUACAAGCUCUGGCUGCGGACAGAACGUUCAAACCCUGCAACCCGUGUGCAACUAACUC